UAAUCCUACGAAGCGCCGGGAUUUCUACCAAUGUAGAGCUGUUCCUGCGCAGGAGCCUCCGCCCCCUUAGCGACGUCAUGCGGCAGGUUGGCGGGAACAAGCGGAGUUAAUGAGCUGCAGCCUGCGGAGCUGUGUGACAGUGCCGGUGACAGGCGGUGCUGCACAUCAUGGAAGACGAGCUGGGACUGUCAGACCAGGGCUCGGAUGCUGGGAGUGAAGAGGUCCUGACGCCUGCGGAGCUCAUCAGCAAGCUGGAGGAGGCCUGGCUCAAUGAGAAGUUUGCUCCCGAGCUCCUUGAGAGUAAAUCUGAGAUUGUGGAGUGUGUGAUGGAGCAGCUGAAUCACAUGGAACAAAAUUUGCAGCGGGCUCGACAGGGUGACCUGAAGAUAAGUUUCCAUCACAUGGAGAUAGAGAGGAUCAGGUUCAUGCUCAGCAGCUACUUGCGCAGUCGCUUGCACAAGAUUGAGAAGUUUUUUCCACAUGUCCUGGAGAAGGAGAAGUCUAGAGAGGAAGGUGAGCCACCACACCUGUCUCCAGAGGAGUUUGCCUUUGCCAAGGAGUAUAUGACAAGCACAGAGACUUUACUUAAGAGUGUGGCCCUCCGUCACAUGCCCCCAAAUCUGCAGACAGUGGACCUGCUGAAAUGUGUCCCCAAACCAAACCUGGACUCGUUUGUGUUCCUGAAGGUGAAACAGGCCCAGGAGAGCAUCCUAGUGGAACCAGAGACCGAUGAGCAGAGUGAAUACACCAUAGACAUGGAGGUCGGCUCUCAGCACCUUAUCCGAUAUCGCACAAUAUCCCCCCUCGUGGCCUCAGGCGCUGUGAAUCUCAUCUGACCAGUUCUCAAUCAAGCAUCAAUAAGAACAAACAUUGCAUAGUGCAAUACUAAGUGUGACCAGUAGUGGGCAGGUGUGGUAUACUGAAUGGUGCUACCAUCAGUGGAAUGCAGAGCUUUCCAUGUGCUGCGUUCUGCAGAUACAGCUUACCCCGUGUGCUAUAUUUCUACUAUUUGCAUUUGUUACACCUGAGACAGUCUUUUUCAAUGUACAUGGCACCACUACCGUUCUACUUAAAGCUGGAAUAUGGGGGGCAUUGCAUCGAUUUAAUGGCGACUUUACAGACUGAAUGAAAUAGUCCUAGUACAGCUGUAAUCCCAGUGUGCUGGGCCAUGGCUUGUGAAAUGAAACUGUGCUAAAGGUUGGAUGAAGUCUACUGAUAUAGACCUGA